AUGGCGCACAAUUAUGAUGUCGGCACCAAGGCCUGGCAGCCAGAUGUCACAGAGGGAUGGGUUGCAUCCGAAGUUACCAGCAAAACGGUGGAUGGCGACAAAGUCAUGCUCGUCUUCGAUCUUGCAAACGGGGAGACCAAGAAGAUAGAGACAACGGUAGAAGCACUCGCGUCUGAUGACAAUUCCAGCCUGCCCCCCCUAAUGAAUCCUACGAUGCUUGAAGCCAGCGAUGACUUGACCAAUUUAUCUCAUCUCAAUGAGCCAGCCGUCCUGCAAGCUAUCAAGCUACGGUAUUCCCAGAAAGAAAUAUACACCUACAGUGGAAUUGUCCUCAUCGCCACCAAUCCGUUUGCCCGAGUAGACUCCCUAUAUGUCCCCGGUAUGGUGCAGGUAUAUGCGGGGAAACAAAGAGCGACCCAGGCUCCCCAUCUCUUUGCUAUUGCAGAAGAAGCGUUCGCUGAUAUGCUGCGGAGCCAGAAUAACCAGACAAUCGUUGUAUCAGGGGAGUCCGGAGCCGGGAAGACAGUCAGUGCCAAGUAUAUAAUGCGAUAUUUUGCUACACGGGAAUCACCAGAUCAGCCAGGGACAAAAACAAAACGUGGAGCCGAGGCAAUGAGUGAGACAGAGGAGCGAAUUCUUGCCACAAAUCCCAUUAUGGAAGCAUUUGGUAACGCAAAAACGACAAGAAAUGAUAACUCGUCUAGAUUUGGAAAAUAUAUUGAGAUCAUGUUCGACAAGACGACGAACAUUAUUGGGGCCAAGAUUCGGACGUACUUGCUUGAGCGUUCAAGACUUGUCUUCCAACCAUUGAAGGAGCGGAAUUACCACAUCUUCUACCAACUGGUAGCAGGCGCAACAGAAAGCCAACGCCAGGCUCUUGAUCUUUUACCCGUCGAACAAUUCGACUAUCUGAACCAAGGAAGCUCGCCAUCAAUCGAUAGUGUCGAUGACAAGGCUGAAUUUGAAGCCUUGAAACAGUCGUUAGCAACUAUUGGGGUUUACGAUAGUCAACAACAGGAAAUUUUCAAACUUCUUGCAGCGUUGUUGCAUCUUGGAAAUGUCAAAAUCACAGCUUCAAGGACAGAUUCUGUGCUCGCGUCGACAGAACCUAAUUUGGAGAAAGCCGCGGCAAUUCUCGGGGUAGACCCGGUGGAGUUCUCCAAAUGGACGGUCAAGAAGCAGCUGAUCACAAGAGGGGAGAAAAUUACAUCAAAUUUGACCCAGCAACAAGCGCUUGUAGUCAGAGACUCGGUCGCAAAAUUUGUCUACUCCAGCCUUUUCGAUUGGUUGGUUGAGAACAUCAAUAAAGCGUUAGCCACCGACGAAGUUCUUGCUCGAGUGUCAUCUUUCAUCGGUGUUCUGGACAUUUACGGCUUCGAGCAUUUCGCAAAGAACUCAUUCGAGCAAUUCUGUAUCAACUAUGCCAACGAGAAACUACAGCAAGAGUUCAAUGCCCACGUGUUCAAGUUGGAGCAAGAGGAAUACGUGAAGGAGCAGAUUCAAUGGGAGUUCAUCGAUUUCUCAGACAAUCAACCCUGUAUAGAUCUGAUUGAAGGGAAACUGGGCAUUCUUUCCCUACUUGACGAGGAAUCCAGAUUGCCCAUGGGUUCUGAUGAACAAUUCGUCACAAAACUGCAUCACAAUUAUGCCGCCGACAAAAACAAGUUUUACAAGAAGCCUCGAUUCGGCAAAUCCUCUUUCACUGUUUGCCAUUACGCCAUUGAUGUUACUUAUGAAUCCGAUGGUUUUAUUGACAAAAACCGAGAUACAGUUCCCGAUGAACACAUGGCGGUGCUGAGGGCUUCAUCGAACAAGUUCUUGGGACAGGUAUUGGAUGCGGCAUCUGCGGUUCGCGAAAAGGACACCGCCUCUGCCUCCUCGGCUGCCGUGAAGCCUGUUGCGGGGCGACGAAUAGGAGUUGCUGUGAACCGCAAACCAACUCUGGGUGGCAUCUUCAAGUCAUCACUGAUUGAGCUCAUGCACACUAUCAAUAAUACCGAUGUACACUAUAUUCGAUGCCUCAAACCCAAUGAAAGCAAAGAGUCGUGGGUUUUCGAAGGGCCUAUGGUGCUGAGCCAGCUUCGGGCGUGUGGUGUACUCGAGACCGUCAGAAUUAGUUGUGCUGGGUAUCCUACGAGAUGGACAUAUGAGGAGUUUGCGCUGCGAUAUUACAUGCUUGUGCCUUCAUCUGCAUGGACAUCAGAAAUCCGAGAUAUGGCCAACAAGAUUUUGGUGAAAGCAUUCGGGACAAGUAACGGCAAGGGCUUGGACAAGUAUCAACUCGGAUUGACAAAAAUCUUCUUCCGAGCAGGAAUGCUAGCUUUCCUGGAAAACCUACGAACAACACGUUUGAAUGACUGUGCCAUCAUGAUCCAGAAAAACCUCAAGGCGAAGUACUAUCGUCGCAAGUACCUUGAGGCGCGGGAUGCUAUUCUACUAUUCCAGUCAGUCACCAGAGCUCACCUUGCCCGGCAAAAUGCUCAAGAAGCCCGGACAAUCAAGGCCGCGACUACAAUUCAAAGAGUAUGGCGUGGCCAGAAACAGCGGAAGAGUUUCACUGCUAUCCGCAAUAACGUCGUUCUCGCACAAGCUGCUGCCAAGGGAUUCUUGCGCCGAAGAGAAAUUAUGAAUACUCGCCUCGGAGAAGCUGCAGUUCUGAUCCAGCGAAGCUGGCGAUCCAGGCGACAGAUGAAGAGCUGGAGGGCGUACAGACGCAAGGUCGUCAUCAUCCAAAGCUUGUGGAGGGGGAAAUCGGCAAGGCGAGGGUACAAGAAGGUCCGCGAGGAAGCUCGUGACUUGAAGCAGAUAUCUUACAAGUUAGAAAACAAGGUUGUCGAAUUAACGCAAUCUCUUGGUACCAUGAAGCGGGAGAACAAGGCUCUCCAGAGUCAGGUGGAGAACUUCGAGAACCAGAUCAAGUCUUGGAAGAAUAGGCACAAUGCGUUAGAGACCCGAUCCAAGGAGUUGCAGACCGAGGCGAAUCAGGCUGGUAUCACUGCAGCCCGUCUUUCCGCUAUGGAAGAGGAAAUGAAGAAGGUUCAGCAAAGCUUUGACGAGUCGGCGGUCAACAUAAAACGUUUGCAAGAAGAGGAGAGAGAGUUGCGGGAGAAUCUGAGAAUCUCGAGUUCUGAACUCGAAGCUAUGAAGAAAGCGAACGUCGAUCACGAGGCUGAGAAGCUGUCUCUCCGACAGCAGUUGACUGAAAUGCAAGACCUGCUUGAGACAGCCAAGCGGGCAGUGCCAAUCAUGCCAAUGAAUGGAGAGCUCACCAACGGUGCUGCUGUCCAACAACCAUCCAUUGGCCUCAUCAAUUUGGUAUCAUCGAAGAAGCCGAAGCGACGUAGCGCAGGCGCCGAACCCCGCGAUAUUGACCGUGUCAGCGCGGCUUACAACCCUCGUCCGGUUUCCAUGGCAGUCACAGGAAGCAACUUGCAGCGCCAAGCUCUUUCGGGUUCUACUUUCGUCCCGGGUGUUGACAAUGUUGAGUUCGAAUUGGAGAAUCUCCUGGCUGACGAAGAUGGUCUGAACGACGAAGUGACCAUGGGACUGAUCAGAAAUCUCAAAAUCCCGACCCCAUCAACUACACCGCCACCCACAGACAAGGAGGUGCUAUUCCCGUCCUAUUUGAUUAACCUGGUCACCUCUGAAAUGUGGAACAACGGAUUUGUGAAGGAAUCGGAGCGAUUCCUGGCAAAUGUGAUGCAGUCUAUCCAGCAGGAAGUAAUGCAACACGAUGGUGAAGAGGCCAUCAAUCCGGGUGCCUUCUGGCUCUCCAACGUCCAUGAGAUGCUGUCAUUUGUGUUCCUCGCGGAAGAUUGGUACGAGGCUCAGAAAACGGACAACUACGAAUAUGAUCGUCUUCUCGAAAUUGUGAAGCACGACCUUGAGAGCUUGGAAUUCAACAUUUAUCACACUUGGAUGAAGGUCCUCAAGAAAAAACUUCAGAAAAUGAUCAUCCCCGCCAUCAUCGAGUCACAAUCCCUCCCCGGGUUUGUCACCAACGAGAGCAAUCGAUUCUUAGGCAAGCUGCUCCAGAGCAAUUCUGCUCCAGCUUUCAGCAUGGACAAUCUUCUCAGUUUACUCAACAACGUGUUCAAGGCAAUGAAAGCAUACUACCUUGAGGAUUCCAUUAUAACACAGACCGUGACGGAGUUGCUCAGAUUGGUGGGCGUCACUGCAUUCAACGAUCUCUUGAUGCGCCGCAAUUUCCUGUCCUGGAAGCGGGGUCUUCAAAUCAAUUACAACAUCACCCGUAUCGAAGAGUGGUGCAAGAGCCAUGACAUGCCGGAAGGGACUUUGCAACUUGAGCAUCUGAUGCAAGCAACUAAGCUGCUCCAACUCAAGAAAGCGACUCUUAAUGACAUCGAGAUUAUCCAGGAUAUCUGUUGGAUGUUGUCGCCAAAUCAAAUCCAAAAGCUUCUCAACCAGUAUCUCGUCGCAGAUUAUGAACAGCCUAUCAAUGGUGAAAUCAUGAAAGCUGUCGCGUCCCGUGUCACAGAGAAAAGCGACGUGCUCCUUCUUACAGCAGUAGAUAUGGAUGACAGUGGCCCCUAUGAAAUCGCCGAACCCCGUGUCAUUACCGCAUUGGAGACAUACACACCAUCAUGGCUGCAAACUCCCCGUCUGAAACGUUUAGCCGAGAUCGUCUCUGCACAAGCCAUCGCACAACAAGAGAAAAUUGAUUAUCCAAUCGAGGAAGCCAACGACCUCACGGAUGGAGAGAUGGAUGGUGCUUGA